CGUCUCUCCGUCUUCCUGUUCCAAACCACGUGGACGCGCCGGGGGCUGCGGGGCGACGAGACGGAGCCCGGGUGACCACCGCCGCUGUCGCCGCCGCCGCCGGGGUCGCGACCCCCGCGCCCGUCCGAAGUCGCUGCGCCCCGGCCGCCGGCACCCUUGCGGAGGGCGCGCACAUGGCGACCCAGUCGCACUCCCUCAGCUACGCGGGCUGCAACUUCUUGCGCCAGCGACUGGUCCUGUCCACCCUGAGUGGGCGCCCCGUCAAAAUCCGAAAGAUUCGGGCCAGAGACGACAACCCGGGCCUCCGAGACUUCGAAGCCAGCUUCAUAAGGCUGUUGGACAAAGUAACUAAUGGUUCUCGGAUUGAAAUAAACCAAACAGGCACAACCUUGUAUUACCAGCCUGGCCUCCUGUACGGCGGGUCCCUGGAACAUGACUGCAGUGUCCUUCGCGGCAUUGGCUACUACCUGGAGAGUCUUCUUUGCCUGGCGCCAUUCAUGAAGCACCCGUUGAGAAUCGUUCUGCGGGGAGUAACCAAUGACCAGGUCGACCCUUCGGUUGAUGUUCUUAAGGCAACAGCCCUCCCUCUGUUGAAACAGUUUGGAAUUGAUGGUGAAUCAUUUGAGCUAAAGGUGGUGCGGCGGGGGAUGCCUCCCGGAGGAGGGGGUGAAGUGUUCUUCACAUGCCCCGUGCGGAAGGUCCUGAAGCCCGUUCAGCUCACGGAUCCUGGGAAAAUCAAACGCAUCAGAGGAAUGGCUGCUCUCUCCUCGUUCCUGGGCGAGCAGGACGCACCCUUAACCACAGAUUGCAGGUACUCCGUGCGUGUGUCGCCGCAGAUGGCAAACCGGAUUGUGGAUUCUGCAAGGAGCAUCCUCAACAAGUUUAUCCCCGACAUCUAUAUUUACACAGACCACAUGAAAGGAGUCAGCUCUGGAAAGUCUCCGGGUUUUGGAUUGUCACUGGUUGCGGAGACCACCACCGGCACCUUCCUCAGUGCCGAGCUGGCCUCCAGUCCCCAGGGCCAGGGGGCUGCCGUGCUCCCCGAGGACCUCGGCCGCAACUGCGCCAAGCUGCUGCUCGAAGAGAUCUAUAGGGGUGGAUGCGUCGACUCAACCAACCAAAGCCUGGGUCUGUUGCUCAUGACCCUUGGACAGCAGGAUGUCUCCAAAGUCCUCCUCGGACCACUGUCUCCCUACACGAUAGAGUUUUUGCGGCAUUUGAAGAGCUUUUUCCAGAUUAUGUUUAAAAUUGAAACCAAACCAUGUGGCGAAGAACUCAAGGGUGGGGAUAAAGUGCUGCUGACCUGCGUUGGCAUUGGCUUCUCCAACCUCAGCAAGACCCUUAAGUGAUGCUGUCACAGGAUGAGGCCCCAAGGCCUACAAACAAAGCAGACGCUGCAACGGACAUCCAAAGGGACCAAGUCCAAGUUCAUCCGGGAUAGGAGAGCCUCUUACGUUAAGGAUUUCUUCAUUUUCCAUUAAAAACAAAUUCAGAACGUUUAAAUAAAAGGCCUGUCUGUAUCAUGUG